UCCAAUCCAAAUCAAGAUUUUAACCAUCAUCCUAGUAUUUUACAGCUGCGAACGAUGUCAGGCCGUGGAAAGGGAGGCAAAGGGCUGGGCAAGGGAGGAGCAAAGCGCCAUCGGAAAGUUCUCCGGGACAACAUUCAGGGUAUCACGAAGCCGGCGAUACGAAGAUUGGCUAGGAGAGGAGGUGUGAAGAGAAUCAGUGGGCUGAUCUACGAGGAAACCAGGGGCGUUCUGAAGAUAUUCUUGGAGAACGUGAUUCGCGAUGCGGUGACGUACACUGAGCACGCCAGGAGGAAGACCGUGACCGCCAUGGACGUGGUUUACGCCCUCAAGAGGCAGGGAAGGACUCUUUACGGCUUCGGUGGCUGAUAAAUUUCAUUCUUUUUGGGUCUCUCUUCGGCGUUUUUGGUUGAAAUUCAGCUUCUGAGUUUUGCCAUUUCUUGUCUCAAUCAGUAGCUAUUACUGGCUGUAAUAGACUGAAUGUAUGCUAUUUCUGACAACAAUGGAGAUUGUUAUAUGAGAAUUGCUAAAACUAUCGUUUCAUAUUA